AUGGAAGUUCCCGUUCUUGACGAUACCAUGGAGAUGGCGUCCCCUUACCAGGGACACGCCGAUGAUUUUGAUAUCGACCUGGAUGUCAUGGAAGAUCAGGUCUCAAACGCCGACAAGGAUAUGAUGGGUGACGACGACUACCUACAAAAUACCCAUGAAACGGAAUACGAUGCGGAUAUGAUCGAUGAUGUUGCCGAGCCCACCAUGGUCGACGCGGACGACCACUACCCCGAAACGAGUAACAGCGUGGAGAUGCAGUACAGCGAGAAGAUAUACGAGGCAGAAAUGGCCGAAGACGACUACGAUGAGGACAUCGAUGCUCAUGUGUCCGAUUUUCAGGAAGAACCGAGCCACGACGUUCCAACUAUGCAUGUCAACGACCAGGAAGGACAGGAGGUACAACAGACACAGGAAGUGCAGGAAAUGCCAACUGUACAAGAAGAGCCGGAGCACGUGGAAGGAACAAAGUCAGCCACAGAUGAAAACAACAACGACACCCUGGAAACUCAGGUCGAAAACCCGGUCGAUGAUAAUGUUGCACCGGAUCACGAUCAACAGGACUCCCUUCAACCCCAGCAUGAGAACUACGGCGAAGAGAAUGUGGAACAGGAACGUGAAGCGGAUCAACCGGAGACGACUCUGAAUACAGAAAAGAGCCAGCAGGAUACUAACGAAACAGAACAAGUAGAACCCCAGGAAAUAGAUCCUGCAACGCGUGACGACGGCGACACUACUCCUAAACAGGCGCAAGGUGAAGAACGCGCCCAUGAAGAAACUCAGCCAUUUGUCGACGAACAGAUAGACGCCGAAGAGAAGGUCGAAAGCAAAGAAACGGCUGACAGCCUUGAAGAAGUCGGACAUGAUGCGCAUGAGCAUGCCUCUGCAUUGUAUCCCGUCAAAGUCUACUAUCAGGAUAACGAGAUCUCCUUGUUUCCUCCUCGUGAAGGUGACUCCUCGGAAACAUUCUUCCUUGAAGACGAGAAUCUUGCCUAUGAGCCUUUCGGGAAGCUUUUGGAAUCGUGCCGUGAAGUACUGCAUGAGCACAUUGCAGAUAGUGAAGUUUUGGUUAUGGACAUCGAGACACUCAAUCUCCAACUAACCGAGGAUUCCUCACACAUAUCUAAAGUGACUCUUUAUCAACUUGUUGACUUGUACUUGCGCUUGUGUCAUAACGACGGCGCGGAUGAGCCCGAGCCGCUCUACUUGACACUUAGCACUAAAUUGACCAUUGAUGCAGAGGUCUCUGAUCUUCUUGUAGCCGCGGAAGAAGGAAAGGGGCUGUCCGAGGUCCUUCCGUGGGAUGGGUACCAGGAAGCAGAAGAGUUCUCUCCAGAAAACUGGGAUGAGCAAGACCAGGAACAAGCCCAGGAAGAAUCGCUGCAGGAGACCGCGCUCCCCGAAAAUGAUCAUCAGCCUGAUACACAUGGCGUCCUCGACGAAAACUCCAGUGCUCCCGUCCCAGACGCACCGCAGGUCGAUACCGACGAGCAGAAAGAGGAGGGUGAAGCUGUUUCUGCUUCGGAUAACAAUGGCCUUGACACUGGCAUCGCGGACAACAAAGUGGAGCCAAAUGGCGCAGAGGAAAACGGUGAUCAAGAAGCUACUACUGGCGAGACCGAUCAUGUCGAACUUCGCGAUGACGGUUCCCUCGAUGAAGAGGCUUACGAUUCAGAGGAGCAGAAGACGGAAUCAACGGGCACUAUAGCUCCCCUGCUCGGAGUUGACUCGGUAAAUGAGCAGCAAUAUGCUGACCAGUCUACUAAUAUCGCACGUGAUGACCAGACGGCUCGUGAUACACAAUUUGACCAUGAUGGACGUGAAGGUGACGACAGCCGUGAAGACCAUCCCAAGGAUGAAAUCGACCAGGAGCCCGCUCAAAGUGUUGCUUCUGAUGAAGCUAGACACGAUGCCAUUAAUGAUGCCAAUGGCGAUGAUGACGAGGCCGCGGAACCAGGUGUAGAAGAGUACCACGAUGAUCUGCCGGAAGAAAACCAAGAGUCUCUACAUUCCGAAGACGAAAUAGUUGCCGUUACUACAAUUGACCCCGGGAACGACACCGAAGCCACACUCCAGGGUGAUGAUGGUGGCCUGAUAGAUCGUGCGGAGUCCAGCUUGGAGACUAUUACCUCGGAACAGUCCGAAGGCCAAACCCAACCAUCGGCAGGUGCUUCCAAUGGGCUUGGUGCCGCAGAAGAGCCAUCCAAAAGCCCCGUCAAAGAAUCUGCUUCGGAUGAAGGUAUUGAAAACACCGGUCCAUCGGAAGAGAUUCAGGAAGGGCCGGAGCAGGUUCCAUCCAUAGACCCUGCCAAAGACGAACCGCUCGAAUUGACCUUCGGCGACGACGAUGACGAUGAAUACCUGGACCUGGGUCUUGCGGAUGAGUUCAACUUCGCCGAUGAGGAACCCGCACCGGACUCGAUAGGGCUGGCUUCUACCAAGCGUCAACGUGAACCAGAAGAUGAGAUUGAGCUCGCCGAAAGUCCGACGCCGGACGCCAAACGGUCGCGGUCCUCAUAA